AUGAGCGGAAUCUCAGAUGUCUUGAUAAAAACACUGGAGAGUCUUGACUUCAGCAACUUCGAAAGGUUCAAGCAUAACCUUGAACGCCGUGGCCAAAUCCCCAGGCAGAGGUUGGAGAAGGCUAACGUAGACGACAUAGUGGCCAUGAUGGUGCAGGCCUACUGUGAGAGCAACUGUGGCAGUGUCGUGUCGGACAUCUUGAGGAAGAUGAACUUCAACCAGUUGGCCUUUAACCUGGAUAAGGAGCUGCAAUCAGGAAGUUCCUCUGGAGGGGCUGAAGGAGCCAGUUUCAGCGCAGAAUAUUCUGCUCACUGCAGCAGCAGCAGCAGCCUGCGCUCAUUCCGCUUUGACACCCAAAUACCAGAUACCGAACUCCUCAGUAACGCACAUACUACCCUUGGCUGUGUCACCACAGACGCUGAGUUGAGGAUCGUUGUGGUUGGCAAAACCGGAGCAGGCAAGAGCGCCACCGGAAACACCAUCCUGGGUGGCGACGACCACUUCUGUGCCGAAUUCUCGCCCGAGUCAGUCACGGCGACCUGCGAGAGGAAGACUGGUAUGGUGAGUGGCCAAUUGGUCGCCGUGGUUGACACCCCGGGUCUGUUUGACACGACGAUGGCCGCCGACACGAUGAAAAGAGAGAUCGAAAAGUGUGUGGAGAUGUCCGUGCCUGGGCCUCACGCCUUCCUGCUGGUGAUCAGGCUGGGGAGGUUUACCGAGGAGGAGAAAAACGCAGUGAAGUGGAUCCAGGAGAACUUUGGGCCACGGGCAUCCAGGUACACCAUAGUGCUCUUCACAGGUGGCGACCAGUUGAGGGGGAGAUCCGUGGCGAAUUUUCUGGCCUGCAGUGCCGACCUCAAGGAUUUUGUCCAGAGCUGCCAGAACCACCACGUCAUCAACAACGAAGACAAGAUUGAUCGGACUCAAGUCACGGAGCUGCUGGAGAAGAUUGAAGCCAUGGUGAUGGACAACGGAGGGAGAUACUACACCAACUCCAUGUACCAGGAGGCCCAGAGGAGGAUGAGAGAGGAUGAGGAGAUGCUGAGGCAGGCAGAGGAGAUACAGAGGCAGGAGAACGAGAGGAUGAUCAGGCAGGAGGAGAGAGAGAAAGAACAACAGAGAUCCACAAUUCACGAGAAGAUCAAGACAGCACAGAAAUUUAAAAACUUCUUUUCUUUUGUAAAAGGAGUCGGGACCUUUGUUGAGGGCGGGGUUCUUCAUCAAGCCAGAGAGAAUGGGAAAGAAGAAGAGGUUCGUGCAGCAGGGUUCGGAAAUCUGUUUGAUUUCGUGAACUAUGUGGUAGAUGACUGCAACAACGACAUAGAGAAACUGACUGAAAAACUUUCCAAAUUAGAAUAG